GACUGUGGUAAUAGUACAAGUGAGACCAUAAUUCCAAAGGCAGUCACGAUGUCAUUUUAUUGCGUCGUUCUGUUUCUCUCAGUUCUUGGGAACUCCCUGCUUAUCUUUAUCAUCAAGAGAAACAAGCGGAUGCAAACAAUAACCAAUUAUCUGAUCGCCAAUAUGGCAGUAUCUGACUUAUUAUUAAUAGUUCUGGCAACACCGCGACAAAUAAUAGAAGAAUCGUUUGGGCCUCGAAGAUGGCUCAUUAGCGGAAGCUUCGGUUCCUUUCUCUGCAAAAGUCUUUCUUUCUUCCAAGAUAUUUCAACAGCGGUGUCAAUUUUGAGUCUCGUCGUCAUAGCAAUCGACAGAUACAGAGGAAUUGUGUUUCCAUUGCGAAAACCAUUCAUAAAGCCGGCUAAACUCUACAAAGUAGUCAUACCGUUGAUAUGGCUCUUCUCGAUGAGUCUUCACGCACCUUACUUCUACAUUUAUGGCACAACCACGACUGAUGACAAAACAUAUUGCAAUCAGUUGAGCUGGGGUCCUAAAUUAGAUUUUAAGAAAAGUCAAAAAAUAUUUUUUAUGAUAGUAUUCAUUUGCGUUAUAGCUAUUCCUGAAUGUAUCGUCAUAUCACUGUACUCUGCUAUCAUAUUCAGUCUUAAAAGAAACGCAAUUGCAACAUAUCAGGGUUCUUCAAAUAGCAUGGCAGCUCGAAGGCUACAGGAGGACAUAAAAGUUGUGAGGAACAUUAUUGCUAUACUUAUUGCCUUUUGUGUAUCUACUAACCCGUUUAUCGUAGCGGCUUUCAUGUUUCAUUUCGUCUGGGAUUUCAAAAUACCUUGUAAUAUGAAGGUUUUCGUCUUUGUAGCCCAUUUAAUAUUUUAUUUGCAUGCAUUAGUAAAUCCUUUCAUUUAUUAUAUUUUCAACGACAAAUAUCGACAGAGUUUUCUGAAAAUCUUCCGCCAAGUCUCUCUCUCCUUCAGUUGCAAAAAGAACAGAAAAAAGAAGAAAAACUCACGGAAUUUGAUCGAAACUUCAAUGUGACCAACGACAGAUAACUGCAGACUCCUAGAAAUAAUUCAUUUUAUCCUUUCGUAAGUGGAUUCACACCGAAGACCGGUAAAUGUUGUCAAAUAACGCACUGAAUUUUUCAAGAGCUGGGGUACAAAGGUACUCAUUUCUUAUUUCGACAUCACCUUGACAAGUUCAGCAGUAAACAAUUUUCACAAAAAAUAAGAAAACUUUCGUUCGAAUUCACGGUUUCAGUGAAUGAUAUUCAUAGGGCUGAUACAUAAAUAUGCAAAUAACGACUCUUUUAAUAACUGAUGGUAUCGAUCACUAGUUUAUAAGUGUUAGAGAAGUUGGUUGUUUCGAAACUUUCUGUUCACUUUUGUUUUCUGACAGAAAAGGAUGUCUGUUAUACUUGUGUUAAAAGAAUCAAAUGAUAUAAAUACAAUUCCCUCUAAGAGUUAAACGUCACGGAAAAUGGAGAUUUGGAGUUACUCAUUAUCUAUUCAAGGAUAAUCUUAAAGGGAAGUCGCAUACUGCAUAUAACCGGGAGAAAAUAUGAUGUACAUCAUGUGCUUCAUUUUCAUUGCUUUUGUUUGUGUUCUAAUCAGUUUAUUUUUCUCACGCUCGUGACAGGAUGAAAAACAUCUUUCUGAACUUGUAAUUAGAUGCAUAAGGAGCGUAUUGGUAAUUACAAACAAUGUUGAUUAUGAAUCGAAACUUUCAGUUUUGAGGACCGUUCUAGAGCGAAACCGGAAAAGAUGAUCUUUGUUUCAACCCGUAAUCUAAUUUUGCUAGCAGGCAAGGGGUGAUUUGGAGGAAAAACUUACUCCGCGAUCGAGAACGAAGAUAGAAUUUCUUUCGAAGUGACACAAAGAUUCUGUAGGAAAAACACGGUUUUUCUUUGAUUUUCAGAUUGAAAUUUGCCUAAACAAUGAUCAGAAACUGAAAGAAGAAACGAUGAAGCACCAUUUUCUCUGCUUAAUUAAAAGUUGCUCUAAAUGGUACACUAAAGAAAAAGAGAACAGCUUUCUUGUUUAAGUUGACGGUGUUCUAGACACCAGUUGAGAAAAGCAACAUGUGUUAAAAGCAACUGUAGGUCAGGGUCACCGGUUCAUGUUUGUGUGGAAAGUUACAAUCAAUUUGGAAAGUUCGGUUCCCUCAAAGCUUUCUGGUAGGAAAUGAUUGCUGCUGUAUUUUAACACAAAUUAAAAAAAAUAAUAAUAAAAAUAAAUAAUUUUAAUUUUAUGCCUUUCAUAAUUAUGGGUGAUAUAAAGGAAAUACUUGUGCGGUAGACAAGUGAUAUGGCUGACGGAAUAACUGUUGUCAGUUAAAAGUAUUUUCAAGAUAAAAUAUAAUAUGUUUGGAUGUUCUGGGCAGAUUUUAACCCAAAAACGUUUUUUUAAAACAUUUCCCCAUUACUUGCUUAACUCCUAGACCAAACAUGAUCAACAAAUCAAUCAAUAUAUGGUCUCCUUGUCUGACAUGAGAGUUCUAAAGGUGGGUUUUCACAAGGAUGAUGUGUAAAAUUGCACGUAAUGACCUUUUAAGAAAUGCGAAGGAAGACAAAUGUUACGUCAUAACUUUUGAUCUUGUCAAGUCUUUCAGGAAGAAAACAUCAACACCAAGAGUGAAGGUCAUUUUGCAGUCUUAUAACGCUACGCAAACCGGGAAUCUACGGAUUAACACUCUUUUAUUUUUCAUUGAACUAGUUUUGGUUAUUACAGGCUUUUAUGGGGGAGAGCUGAGCAGACCACGCUGUGCGUGAGAUUUUGCGCUGAUCUCACGUAAUUGCAUGUUUGACUACGACGACGAUCCUUAGAGAGUGUGGGUGAUGGAAAUAAUUCCUUGUCCUUUCACGUUCCGCCUUAUUAAGUCGUUUUUUCCAACAACUCUGGAGCUUUAACUUUAGCCCAGCUUUUGACUAGUUUGAGGAAAGAUAAAACUGGAGACAUUUUCCAGAAUCGAAUGUCCUCGGCAUAACAGCUUAACCAAAACUCCUCUUUACGAGAACUUCUAAAUCAGACAUAAUUGGAAAAAAAACCAUGUCUCCAACCUUGACAUAAUAGUUACAGAGAAAAUUGUCUCAAAAACCCAUAUUAAAAAUUAUUUAAACUUGUCCAUCUGUGUGGAGAUAGCUUAUGGCAAGCACGCACACGGUCAAGGUCAGAAGCUUCAAAGGUGAACAAAACAUGAUUGAAAAAAACAAUCAAUCCUGAAUCAGCCGCGGCGGACACGAUCACUAGAAUUUCGCUUCUCGACAUUCUACAAGAGCUAUCGAUUAGGUCGGAAGUUUCGGUUCUACCAUUGCUUCAAGAAAUCCAGAAAAUGUUCAGUUAUGCUAAUAUGUGUAACUCAUUUACAUUUUAUCUGCAUUCGUUGGUAACCCUCGUAACUAGAUGGAAACACCAAUGUGACAAAAGAAAAAUUCGCGCAAAACCCUUUUGGAAAUUAAUAAUCAUUUGUUAAUCUAUCCAUUUCUAAUUUUACAAAUGCAUUAACAUCGGCAGCAGAGUGAUUGUUGACGAAUUUCAGACUGAAUUUCAUUUGGCCUAUGUUCCAGAGGAUCCAAAUAUAACUUCGAGGUGACUUUCGAAAGUUCGGUAAUCCCACCUUAACAAAUACUCUUAAACGAUAAGAUAAUUUUCUUCGGAGUUGACGGUCUAAAUGAAAGAACUUAAAAAGGCCGAUGCGUCACUUGCAAAUUAUGAAACUUUUUUUAAAAAACUGAUGAUGUAGGCCACCUGUUAGUGUUUUUAAGGGGAAGUGAUGACGUCGGAAAUUAAAGUUGUUUCCAUGCUUUCCAUCCCGGAAGACUCACGGGGAUAAAAUUGGACAUGAAGAAGAAAGAACUACUAUUAAAGCUUCGCAUCCCUUCCGAUAUUUGAGGGUAAUUUUACGGAAAUAGGCAUAGAGCAUACCAAAGAGAGUGUCAGUACCUUGAUCAUGAUAAAUUCCAUUCUUCAUUCUCAUGGACAGAGUCUAUUCCAUUGGCUAAUCCAGACUCCAUAGUAAAACUUUUGAUAUCUAAUUUUUACUAGUUUCAGAGAUAGUUUUAAUUCCCUAUUUGUCUAGUAUUUCCCCCAAAACAAUUAUUUUUGUGUUUCGUUUGAAUAUUUUUUACCAAAUAUAUACUGUGACCUAAGCUUAGAAAAUUAAGAAAGAAGAAAGUAAUCGUUUUGGGUUGCCUCUCGUUCUCGUAAUGUAUAGUAAAGUAAAACUGUUAAGAAGGAGUAGAUUUUUUUUCCAGCUCAAAGGCUGUAAUUCGAUGCAGUCAUCUAAACACUCAUUACAUUACUAUGGAAAUUGCAGCUCUAAAUUACAGAAGACUCCUAAAAUUGGAAAGCGAAUAUAAGUUUCCUUGUCUUUCCUGUAUUGAAAACUUUGUUUAUCAACUGAGUUGCCAAUGUCAUAUAGCCACGGAAAAGAGAUUCUGAAGUUGACAUUUCAAGGAUUAGCCCUUCGUCAAGGGCAAAACUACUCUGGAAAACAAACAAAUACUCAAUAUGCAACUAAUCUCUGGGAAAAUAAAAAUUCCAGCAGACUUAAAAUACCUAAAUGCCUUCAGUUUCUCAAAAACAGUAAUAUUCAGAUUUAUUGUCAGAACAGCAAUCCGAACAUUCGUCUUGGUAUCUACCUGUCCCCCCUUAUCGUUAUUAUAAUCAUCAUUAUAAUUUUGUUUAAGCAUAGUUCUGCUCUCCCUGUUUGUCUCAUUUAAGCAACUUAAAUGAGACUCAGAAACUUGCUGACUCGGAAACUUGAUAGUUCUUUUACCCAAUGGCUCUUCUUUUAUUUCUAUUUCUUGGUGUGUAUUUUCUAUCUUCUAUGAUAAAAAUCUGUAAAUGCACAAAAGUGAAUAAAGUAUUAUUGUUAUUAUAUGGAUAUGGAACUCAGACUUCAAAUUAUCUAAAUGUAAAGGUAACUCCGUAAUUUGUUUUAAUGAAUUUUCUUGACAAGAUAUCACAGGAGAGCGCCAUCAUUAUCAUGAAAAGCCGCCAGUACAAUUAAUCGGUGAUUUCGAUUCGACCACAUCGCAAUUAUCAAGGAUCUACGAUACGAGGCAGGUGCUUAGUGGACUUGCCCCAAAAAAUGAAAUAACUAUCUUUGACAUUUUCUGAAAAACAUACGUCGAUCGUAGAGAUAGCAACAUUAUCAGUAUUCCGAACACAGCUAUAACGAAAAAAAAAUAAAAAAGAAAGAAAGAAAGGAACAAAACUAAAAGAUGGGUAAAAGAUAUAUAUACAGAAUAUGAUUUUUAUUUGUUACACUUUUAUCAGGCCCCAGGUGUUUUCCUCAGCAUUUCAUUAGCCUCCAGAACCGGAGGAAAAAACAUUUCAACAAAAUAAAAAAGGAAACAAUGGAAAAGAAAGGCUUUACACAAUGAAACAGCUUUAGCAAUUGUGAUGGCCCAUAACUUAAACUCACUUUUCAUCUGCAGCACACGGCCACCAACAUAACGAUAAAGAUCUCGUCAUGUUGCCUUUGUAAUGUUUUCUCAAACCCACAAAUCCUAAAUCAACUCCAACUGUUUUUCUUCCGGCCCCCUUAUCACCAUUGAUCUUUUUAAUAUUUUUUCCAGCUUGAAAACGAUAAGUUUAAGAUCUCAUGGUAACAUCUGAAUGUUAAUGCAAACCUUUUCUUUGUCUACCACAGAUCAUUUCGGUCUAUGUAUAUUAUUGUUCCUUAUUUUCCUACCGCUGAAUUUUCGCAAUCUUCGAGGUUGUCAAAAAUCGUGAAAUAAGAGACCCACGUAAAAAGGUUUUCGCAAAAAUCAACCACGCAAAAUUGAAUACACUUGACUAGGAGUAAGGGAAAGCGCUAUGUUGCCAAACGUUGGGAGAAAGCUAACUACUGGGGUAUUAACGAUAUGUCUGCUCUUCCAUUCGAGGAUCCCUUUGAAGAAAUUGACAAUAACCUUUAUCAGCUGUAAGUGCAAACAGACGGUGUCAUGUUCUCUUGUUCAGUGUCAUUGAAAACUGUUGUUUGGGAAAAUCAAUUCAGUGCUGGUAACUGUUUGAUAAUGCAGAUCAGUAUUUUAAAUUUCUUUGCGAAAUUUAGUUCCUUUCAAAGUAAAUAUUUUUGCAAAAUGAGUUGCGAAAUUAAAGUCCUGCGAAAUAUGCCCGUUCCAUUUUCGCAAAUUAAGUUCACGCGAAAAUAAGUGACUAAAAGAUAGUUUCGUCUCCCGGCGAGAGAAAAGAAGGAGUACCAAUAUAAUAAACAUGAACAUCUUUUUUUGGAUCUAUUAAUCUUGGCGAUGGAAGUCUUUCUAGCGCUAUACUAAUUUUUCCUUAAAAUCCGGCUUUUAAGGUUAUUUCGUAUUUUUUUUUUCCAAUUUUUGUAAUUCUUAUUUUUUCUUCCGUUUCACGUUGUGCCGUCAGUUCUACCAUCAUAAAAUUAAAAUCUUCUUCACAGAAAGUUGAUUUUGUGGUUAUAACAGCACAGCAUUUACUAGUUGUGAAAACGACAAUUAAACUUCUUGCUUGGUUUCUCCUUCCAUUUCAACCGAGUCAGUUUUUUUGUAGUCUCUAAAGCAUAAAACAUUAUUCGUUUCCUGAAGUUCCGUUUCACACCAAAUUGAAAACCCAGGUGUUAUAUUUUUCAUACAAGUUUUUAUUCAUAUCUACUGCUCAGAUCAUACAUCUCAGCUCUUUGUAAAUAACUGGAUCAGAAAAAUGGUUAUAUAAAAAAUUUCGUCUUAUCAUACAAAAGUUUGUUAUGCAAUAGCAUACACACACAUCACAAUUUCGUUUUCCGUUUAAAAUCAAAGUAAACGAAAACUGCGUCCUCGUUUUGAAACGAAUCUAGUGUUGAACUGACUUCAAGCUAGGUUUUAUCCCACAUGAUGACUCGUUUAAGCAUGAUUUUGGCCAGUUGUGGGAAGAAACUUCUGCAUGCUGAUAUGCAAAUUCAAUGAAAAAUCGUCAGUUGCACUCGGAAACAACUAUGAUCUGCAUCCUUGGAAAAUUUUUACUAAGAUUACAUUCGCUAUUAGUUCAAGGCGACAGCUCGAUUUGGUGACACCUUGGCGUCCAAAUACACGCUGUGGCCAACUUCAAUUCAUGUUCUCCGAUCACAUCUUUCUUCACGUGGAACUCAUUAGCAUUCAUCACCACACCCAGGAACAAAAGAGAUUACAAUUCAAAUAAAACACAAAAACAGCAAAAAAACCAUCCACGUCAAUACCUAAAAUGGCCUUUGAAAAGGAGGAAAAGAAGCUUCUAAGGAAGAGCACAGGUAAAUCUUACCCCUGUAUAUCACCUCUAUUUCUCCGCGGUUUCAGAAAAAAACCAUGAAACGAGUCUUCUAUCGUUCAGUUAAAUUUGGACCACAGGAUCAUAGCAUUAAUGAAAAAAAAACCACUCUGUAGGAAAUUAACUGGGCUUUCAUUUAAAGACACUGGGCGAAAUUAACGCUCACAAUUCUCUCUAAGAGUUAAACGUCACGGAAAAUGGAGAUUUGGAGUUACGCAUUUUCUAUUUAAGGAUAAUCUUAAAGGGAAGUCGCAUACUGCAUACACGCGGGAAAAAAGAUGAAAUAGAUCAUGUGUUUCAUUUUCAUUCCUUUUGUUUUGUGUUCUUUUGUUUGGAAGAAGAAACACGUAUUUGCUUAAUUAACCGAUACCCUUAACCCUUUACAUCCUAACCUAAGUAUGCAUAUUCUCCACACUGUUAUUUAUAAAUUUCCUAAGGUGCUGACAAGGAGAAUUUGUUUGCCAAUCAAAAGGUUUCUUCCCUGGUCACUCUUAGGGUUUAAAGAGUUAAAAUUGGCGACUUCCUUGUCUAUAUUACCGGUUUAUUUUAUCACGCUCGUGACAGGACGAAAAACAUCUUCCUGAACUUGUUAUUUGAUGUGUAAACGGAGCUAUUAGUAUUUACAAACAAUGUUUAUUAUGAGUCGAAACUUUCAGUUUUGAGGACCGUUCUAGAGCGAAACCAGAAAGGAAGAUCUUCGUUUCAACCUUCAAUCCAAUUUUGAUAGCAGGAAAGGAGUGAUUUGGGGGAAAUAAACUUACACCGCGAUCGAGAACGAAGAUGGAAUUUCUGUCGAAGUGACACAAAGAUUCUGUAGGAAAAACACGCUGUUUUCUUUGGUUUUCAGCAUGAAAGUUGCCCAAACAAUGAUCAGAAAAGAGGAAACGGUGAAGCACAAUUUUUCUGUUUAAUUAAAAGAUUGCUCUGAAUGGUACACUAAAGAAAAACAAAACAGCUUUCUUGUCCACGUUGACGGUGUUCUAGACACCAGUUGAGAAAAGCAAUAUGUAAAACUGUGUAAAAUAUGACCGUGUUAAAAGCAGCUGUAAGUGAAGGUCACCGGUUCAUGUUUGUGUGGAAAGUUACAAUCAAUUUGGAAAGUUCGGUCCCUCAAAGCUUUCUGAUAGGAAAUGAUUACUUCUGUAUUUUAACACAAAUUGAAUAUAUAUCAAAAAUAAAGAUUUUUAAUUUUAAACCUUUUAUAAUUAUAGGUGCUGUAAAGGAAAUACUUAUGCAGCAUACUAGUGAUAAGGCUGAAGGAAUAACUGUUAUCUGUUUAAACUAUGUUCAAGAUAAAACAUAGUAUUUUUGGACGUUCUGGGCAGAUUUUAACCCGAAAACGUUUUUUUAAAACAUUUCCUCAUUAAUUGCUUAAGCCCUAGACCAAACAUGAUCAACAAUUCAAUCAAUAUAAGGUCUCCUUGUCUGACAUGAAAGUUCGGAAGGCGGAUUUUCAAAAGGAUGACAUGUAAAAUAGCUCGUGAUGACCGUUUAAGAAAUGAGAGAAAUAUAUAUCACUUGUCAGUGUUUAUAAAGGAAGACAAAUGUUAUGUCAUAACUUUUGAUCCUGUCAAGUCUUUCAGGCAGAAAACAUCAACACCAAAAGUGAAGGUCAUUUUAUAGUCUUGCAACGCUACGCAAACCGGGAAUCUACGGAUUAACACUCUUUCAUUUUUCAUUGAACUAGUUUUGGUUAUUACAGGCUUUUAUGGGGGAGAGAUGAGCAGACCACGCUUUGCGCGAGGUUUUUGCGCUGUCCUCAGGUAAUUGCAUGUUUGACUACGUAGACGAUCCUGAGAGGGUGUGGGUGAUGGAAAUAAUUCCUUGCCCUUCCACGUUCCGCCUUACUAAGUCGUUCCUUCGAAGUACUUCUGGAGCUUUAACUUUAGCCCAGCUUUUGACUGGUUAGAGGAAAGAUAAAACUGGAUACCUUUUCCAGAAUCGAAUGUCCUCUCAUGACAGCUUAACCAAAACUCCUCUUUACGAGAACUUCUAAAUCAGACAUAAUUGAAAAAAAAAACCAUGUCUCCAAACUUGACAUAAUAGUUACAGAGAAAAUUGUCUCAAAAACUCAUAGUACAACUUAUUUAAACUUGUCCACCUUUGUGGAGAUAGCCUAUGGCAAGCAAGUACACGAUCAAGGUCAGAAGCUUCAAAGGUAAACAAAACAAUCAAAAAAAAAAUCAAUCAUGAAUAGGCCUCGGCGGAUAGAAUUACUAGAAUUUCGCUUGUCAACAGUCUGCAAGAUUCGGAAGUUUCGGUUCCAUCAUCGCUUCAAGAAAUACAGAAAACAUUCAGUUAUGCUAAUGUUUGUGGUCCAUUUACAUCUUAUUUGAAUCCGUUGGUAACCCUCGUAACUAGAUGGAAACACCAAUAUGACAAAAGAAAAAUAAGUGAAAACGCCCACAUGAAUAAUUAAUCGUUUACCUAUUUAUUUCUAAUUUUACCACUGCAUUAACGUCGGCGGCGGAGUGAUUGUUGACGAAUUUUAGACUGUAUUUCAUUUAGCCUAUGUUGCAGAGGAUCUACAUAUAACUUCGCGGUGACUUUCGAAAGCUCGAUAAUCCAACCUCAACAAAUACUCUUAAACGAUAAAAUAAUUUUUUCGUUGGAGAUGACGGUCUAAAUGACAGAACUUAAAAAGGGCGAUAUGUAAAUUGUAAAUAAUGAACUUUCCUUAGUAACCGAUGGUGUGGGCCACCUGUUAAUGUUUUUAAAGGAAAGCGACGGCGUCGGAAAUUAAAGUUGUUUCCAUGCUUUCCAUCUCGGAAGACUCACGGGGAAAAAUCGAGCAAGAAGGAGAAAGAACUUUUACUAACGCUUGACAUCCCUUUAAAUACUUGUGGGCGAUUUCACGGAAAUAGGCAUAGAGCAUACCAAAGAGGUAACCGGUCAAGUCGCCCGAAACUCAUCUCGCUCGAAGUCAUGUCGCCCAGAACCAGAGUCAUGUUGCCCGAAAUUCAUAGUCAUGUCGCCCGAGAUCUGAGUCAUGUUGCCCGAAAUUUUAUCGAGUGUUUAAUCUUGAAGAAAAGUAACGAUGGCAAGGAAUGAACUCGUAAAAUACUGACUCGUAAAAUGUUUUCGUCCGCUAACCUAUGCAAAUAUGAAGUAAAACAAAGACUCAAAUAUCACUGUUCAUUUCAGCGUUGUUCGUUGCUACGAACUAAACUGCUCAUUCUACAGUACAGAUUCUAGUAAUUAUAAGCGGAACUUUCAGUUAUCAGAAUUUUUCACACAUAUCAGAAAAAUACAUCGUUCUCUUAGUUUUAUUUAUCGUAUAAAAAACAACUUGAAACUUUUACAGCGUUUUUUUUUUUUUUUUCUGGUUAUUGUUAGCCACGCGAACAAAGCGAGUUAGCAUCAAUCCCCUUGGGAUCAGACGCAGCUUAAAUUAUCGCGACUUGUUCAAAUGCUCCUUGUUUCCUCGGUCGGUCGAAUGUAAAUUUUGUUCCGGCUAAUUAUACAUAAAGAGGGUAAAUUAAUAACAGCCACCUUAUUCCGAGAUAAUCAUCAAGCUGAAACACGAGAUCGUUAUACGUUCGCAAAAAAAUUAUACAGUGAGCUUUCAUCCCUGUAACGAGUGCGGAAAUGAAGUUCGACCACGCCAUCAAGCCCUUCAGUGCGACAAUUGCGGCUUUUGGCAGCAUCGUAUCUGCGGGACUGGUAUCGACCAAGCCAUCUACCGUUUGGCAAUAAUCAGAGGAAGAACAGAUUGGUUGUGCGUUGCAUGUUCUCUUGCGGCAUCGAACCCAGGUGACCAGGUCCCCGCUGCUGAGAGCACAAGAACCGACUUCGCCCAAGGUACGGAAAUUUUAAGUCCACUGUUUGUCCCUGAAAUAAAUUUAUUCUUAACCAAGAACUUGACCUUUCUAGCCUAAGUCUUAUCUUGAACGUUUUUUCCCAUAAACGAGUUUACGAUAAAAAUGCGGUUUUAUUUUUGCUGUGCAGAUCUUUCUCCAGUGUAUCUGCCUUUCUACCUACUGAUUCAGCUGCUCCACCGAGAGUCCUCUGUGUGCACCGUCCAAGUUCGACUUGUCAACGCCAGAAAACUGCAAAGGAUCCAGCGUAAAAAAUAUCGCGCACUUCAAGCAAGAGUCUUUGGCUACUAGGAGGAUAACACUGCGAGUAAAAUUUCAAGUAGGCGACUCCUUAAAGCAUGCUCUCACUUAGCACAUGGACCAGUUCGUGCAGAUCAGUUUUCUUAAGUUUUUGCUCGCGUUUAGGAAAGUAAUGAUAUUAUUAUUAUUAUUACUAUUAUUAUUAUUACUAUUAUUAUCAUUAUUUUUUUAAACAACAAUAAAACUUUAUUCAUAGAUUAAAAAAAAAUAGACUAUUUACAGAUUCAAGAAUAUGAAUAUUAAAAUAUAUACCCUAUUGUACAUUCUUCUUGUGUACGAAAGAGAAUUGUCGUAAAAUGACUAUUUAAAGACUACUAAUAACAAUUACAAAAAGCAUCAAAAAGUUAAUAAAGAAAUAAAAAUUAUCUAAAAAUAAUAGUUCAAACUGAUAAAGAGUUACUACUUAAAUUCUGGCUUACGCACUUUCCGAUGUAAUGUCAAUGUCAGUUAUUAUUAUUAUUAUUAUUAUUAUUAUUAUUAUUAUUAUUAUAGUUUAAAAGGAAUAGUUUAUUUUCUCACGAUAAAAAAAAAAUCAGAUAUGUAAUAAGUAUUUUUUUAUAACGAACUUACCUUAAGUUAGCAUUUGAAUUUGUUUUCAAAGGCCGGGUGUCACUUGGACAACCCACACGUCCUCGCGUGUAAUUAGGUUUAGUUGCUAGCAAUAAAUAUGUUUGUAUUAAUGCGUGUCUGAAUUUACCGCAAGGUCACAAUCUUGCUUGGCAACCAUGUGAUGAUUCUUGCUGUAUUCAAGAUGGCGGCGUUUUCCAAUGUUCCAAUCGUGGUGAUGUGAACCUUCGUUCGAAACAGAAUGCUUCCACAUAAAACAACAACAGAUAACUGAUAUUAUUUUUUUUUCGUGUUCUAUUUUAGGAUUACUAUCUCUGAUAUCAAACGACAGCGAAAUGAACGACCAGUUUCACGAGUCAACAUUAUGCGAGUUUCUUCCUUUCGAUUUACUUAAGACGUUACUUUUCUUCAAGUUUAAACACUCGAUAAAAUUUCGGGCUACAUGACUUAGGAUUUCGGGCGACAUGACUAUGAAUUACGGGCAACAUGACUCUGGUUUCGGGCGACAUGACUUCGGGCGGGAUGACUUUCGAGCGACUUGACCGUAAACCUACCAAAGAGAGUGUGAGUACCUUGAUCACGAUAAGCUCCGUUCUUCAUUCUCAUAGAAGGAGCAUAUUCCAAUAGCCAAUCCAGACUCCAUGGUAAAACUUUUGAUAUCAGAUGGCCACUAAAAAGAGAUUCCGAAGUUGAAAUUUCGAGCGUAAGCCCUUCGUCAAGGGCACAAUUACUCUGGAAAACAAGCAGUUGCCCCAAUAUGCAACUCAUCUCUGGGAAAAUAAAAAUUCCAGUAAACUUAGAAAACUUGAAUGCCUUCAGUUUCUCAAAAAGAGUAAUAUUCAGAUUUAUUGUCAGAACCAUAGAACAGAACAGAACAUUCGUCUUGGUAUCUACCUGUCCUCCCCGCUAUCGUUAUAAUGAUUAUGAUUACAAUUUUGUUUAGGCAUAGUUCUACUCUCCUUGUUUGUCUUAUUUAAGCAACUUAACUGGACUAGAGGCUGACUCGGAAACUUAAUAGUUCUUUUACCCCAAAGCUCUUCUUUUAUUUCUCGGUGUGUAUUUUCUAUCCUCUAUGAUAAAAAUCUGUAAAUGCACAAAAGUGAAUAAAAUAUUAUUGUUAUUAAAUGGAUAUGGAACUCAGUCUUCAAAUUACCAAAAUGCAAAGGUAACUCCAUAAUUUGUUUUAAUGAAUUUCUUGACAAGAUAUCACAGGAGAGCGCCAUCAUUACCAUGAAAAGCCGCCAGUACAAUUAAUCGGUGAUUUCGAUUCGACCACAUCGCAAUAAUCAAGGAUCUACAAUACGAGGCAGGUGUUUUGUAGUGGUCUUGCCCAAAAAAAUAAUUUAGAUAUCUUUGUCAAUUUCUGAAACGUUUCAUUAAGUGACCAGUAAAACAUAUCUCGAUCGUAGAGAUAGCAACAUCAUCAGUAUUCCGAGUGCAGCUAAAACGAAAAACGAAAAAAAGGGUAAAAAAUAUAUAUAUAUAUAUAUAUAUAUAUAUAUUAUGAUUGUUAAUUGUUACACUUUUAUCAGGCCCUCAGGUGUUUUCCUCGGCAUUUCAUUAGCCUAUAGAACCGGGGGAAAUAAGAACAUUUCAACAAAAUAAAAAAGGAAACAAUUGAAAAGAAAGGCUUUACACAAUGAAACAGCUUUAGCAAUUGUGAUGGCCCAUAACUUAAACUCACUACACAUCUGCAGCACACGACCACCAACAUAACGAUAAAGAUCUUGUCAUGCUGCCUUUGUAAUGUUUUCUCAAACCCACUAAUCCUAAAUCAACUCCAACUGUUUUUCCUCCCGUUAUCAUCAUUGAUCUUUUUAAUAUUUUUUUCCAGCUUGAAAACGACAAAUUUAAGAUCUCUUGGUAACAUUUGCAUGGUAAUGCAAACCUUUACUUCGUCUAUCACAGAUCAUUUCGGUCUCUGUACAUUAUUUUUACUUAUUUUCGUAUCAUUGAAUUUUAAAAUUUUUUUGCGAAAUCUAGCUCCUUUCAAAGUAAAUAAUUUUGCCAAAUGAGUUUCGAAACUAGUCCUGCGAAAUACGCCCGUUCCAUUUUCGCAAAUUAAGUUCGCGCGAAAAUAAGUGACUAAAAGGUAGUUUCGUCGUCCAGUGAGAAGAAGGAAGAAGAAGGACCAAUAUCAUAAACAUGUACAUCUUUUUUUGGAUCUAUUAAUCUUGGCAAUGGAAGUCUUUCCCGCGCUGUGCUAAUUUUUCCUUAAAAUCCGGCUUUCAAAGUUAUUUUAUAUUUUUUUUCUAAUUUUUUUUAAUUCUUACUUUUUUCCGUUUCUUCGCUGUGCCGUCAGUUCUACCAUCAUAGAAUUAAAAUUGUCCUUGCAGAAAGUUGAUUUUGUGGUUAAAAAAGCACAGCAUUUACCAGUUGUGAAAACGAUAAUUAAACUUCUUGCUUGGUUUCUCCUUUUAUUUCAAUCGAGUCGGUUUUAUUGUAUUCUCUAAUACAUAAAACAUCUUAGUUUCCUGAAGUCCCGUUUCACACAAUAUUGAAAACCCGGGUGUUAUAUUUUUCAUACAAACUUUUAUUCAUAACAACUUCUCUGACUAUACACCUCAGCUCUCUGUAAAUAAUUGGAUCAGAAAAAUGGUUAUAUAACAAUUUCGUCUUAUCAUACAAACGCUUGUUGUGCAAUAGCGUACACACACAAGUCACAAUUUCGUUUUCCGUUUAAAAUCAAAGUAAACGAAAACUGCGUCCUCGUUUUGAAACGAAUCUAAUGUGAACUAACAUUAAGCCAGGUUAAACCCCAGAUGAUGACUCGUUUAAGCAUGAUUUUGGAAUUGUGGAAAGAAACUUCUGCAUGCUGAUAUGCAAAUUUAUUUUAAAAAUCGUCAGUCGCACUCGGGCACAUCCAUAAUCUGCAUCCUAGGAAAGUUCUUAUUAAAAUUACAUUCGCGAUUAGUUCAAGGCGACAGCCAGAUUUGAUGAGAUCUUGGCGUCCAAAUACACACUGUGGCCAACUUCUAUCCAUGUUCUCCGACCAUAUCUUUCUUUACGUGGAACUCGUUAACAUAGAUCACCACAACCAGAAACAAAGAGAUUACAAUUCAAAUAAAAAUAAAAACAACAAAAAACCAUCCACUUCAACAUCUAAAAUGGCCUUUGAAAGGCGGAACGGAAGCUUCUAAGGAAAAGCACAGGUCAAUCUUACCACUGUAUAUCACCUCUUUUCCUCUGCGGUUUAAGAGAAAAAAACGCGUCCUCUAUCGUUCAGUUCAAUUUGGACUACAAAAACACAGCAUCAAUUAAAAAAAAACACUUUGCAGGAAAUUAACUGGGCUCUCAGUUAAAUACAAUGGGCGAAAUUAACACUCACGAGAAAUUGCAUUAAAUAAGGAAUGAUUUUUUAAUAACGCAACCACCGUAAAAAUAAUACAAACAAAAAAAGAAGAAAAUAAUCUUAAAGAAGACAAGAAAAAAGAAGCUUGAUCGGAAAACUGGGACAAUAUUAGUCCAGCACUGCAUGCAACGUCAAAAGUAAAUAAAUCUUCCUCAAAAUUAUCGUUCUAUUGCGCCAAACCUUCUGAUUAAAUAUUUAUCAAACUACCCAAAUAUUUAUCACAGCGUCCAUCAUAGCAUUACUGUCGGAUGAAAGAUUAGACAGAGGCAAGACUGCGAAAAAAAAAAGAGUAAACGAAGUGGAAAUUAACGAACAAAGAAGCAAUUUGGUCCCACUAACAAAAGUUAAAGCGACCACGGAACUUGAAAAAAUUUGACCUCAUUUCAUGAAGUGUUAAUUUCCUCAAAUAAGAAAGCCCUUACCACUCCGUUUAAUAUGCGCCUCGCUGAUUAUUCAAGGAUAAACAUAAGCGAUGUGUGUGAAGGUAAAUGACGGUCUAAAGUACACCCUGCAAGCUAUCACGAGAAAUGAACCUAACGAACUAGAAAAUCUGAAACGAGCGUAUCAGACCCUGGUUUUUCCUUAUACGAGCAACACGACAGGGUAGUCCUGACAACCCAUUUUGUUUUCAACAUUGCAAAGACUCAAUAUCAUCGUAAAUAAUGGCCUCAAUUUAGAGAAAAUGAGCCUUUUCAACUCCUUGUCCACCUUCAGACAAUACAAGCUCGAAUACAAUGUAAUCUUGAUUGACGCUUUCAAUAACAGCACUACGGUUUAAUUCUAUAAUUUGACGAAAAUUUCAUGAAAAGAAAAAAGAGCUUAAAGCCCCCCUUGUACUUUCCCAUUGUAAUCGAUCUCUUUGAAGUAAAAUCAGAAGAAAAGUUCCGAACGGAUGAGGUUCAGCAAGCAAUACCAUACAAUUUACGUAUUUGUGUAUUCGCAUAGGCGUCAUUGCGGUCCAGCGAUACCAGAGAGUGAAAAACGGCUACACUGGAUCAUGACGAAAUCGGUAGAAAAGUAGCUCGACAAGACACACAAAAGACGAUGCUUCAAAGUCUGAAUUCUCCAAAUUGUGCUCACUCAACGACGAAAGCAUAGUAACAAUCUGGCACCUCAGUCUUAAUGAGUCACUUUUGAAAAUUAUGCAUCCCAAUAUUUCAAUAGUAUCAUAAUCAAAUGAGUUUAUCGUUUGUGAAUAACAUUAUACUCCCCGAAAUGGCCGAACAUCUAUAAGUCUAUGUUUAUUCCACAUGCGUAAAUUACACGAGAUGAUACCAACAGAAACAGAAGUACAAAUCUAACACUGAACUCAGGAUUUAUUCUUCGAGCAUGAUAAACAACGCGUGCGCUUAAACGAUCCGUUCGGAAUAAUAUUACAAGGAAUGGAUUAUCAUUUCCUGUAUAAUAUGGGUAGUUUUCUUUGUAGGCAGCACAGUCCAGCGUUGCAUUGAAGAUGCAGGUUGAGGAUUACCGUAUUAAUACUCUCCCUGUUCGAUUGCCAGUUGAAUAGAUGAGAUUUGGUUUUUUAUUGAAAGAAAAACAACUCCAGUUUAAGGGAUUUAGUUACUGGUGGCAGAACAACCUGCGUCCUAAAGUUUAACACUGUAUGUCGAAAGCCUGAAAACGUGUCGAACGAAGAACUCCUUGCAUGGUCACAAAUUACAUUUUGCAAAGCCAAAGGAGCAACGCGACAUCAUUCAUAAUUCAACUGAAUUUCCAAAUGGAAGUGACUACAGAGUCACCGGCAGUGAAAAGUAAUUCAUUUUGGAGCAUAAAUGACUCCAUUACCACGGAUACAUCAGAUGGCUUCAGCUGUCAGUCGAAUCAAAGCGAUGGCUCCAUAACAAAAGGAUUGAAAAUAUUCUCCUACUGUGUCAUCCUGCUUCUCUCAGUCUUUGGGAACUCUCUACUGAUCGCCAUUAUCAAGAGAAACAAGCGGAUGCAAACCAUUACCAAUUAUCUCAUCGCUAACAUGGCGGUCUCAGAUAUAUUAAUAACAGUUUCAGCCGUCCCUCGACAAAUCACAGAAAUAUUACUUGGUCCUGAGAUUUGGUUGAUUAAGGGAGAUUUUGGCUCUUUUCUCUGUAAAAGUGUGUCUUUCUUUCAAGAUAUUUCAACGGCAGUGUCAAUUUUAAGUCUCGUCGUCAUAGCCAUCGACAGAUACAGAGGAAUUGUGUUCCCUUGGCGAAGACCACUCAUAAAGCCGGCUAAACUCUGCAAAGUUAUCAUACCGUUAAUAUGGCUUGUUUCCAUGAGUCUACACGCCGUUUAUUUCUAUACUUUUCGCGUGAUAACAAUCAAUGAAAAAUCGUACUGCAGGUUGAGCUGGGCUCCCAAGUUUGAUCAGAAGAACUCUCAGGAAAUUUAUUAUGUCAUAUUACUGGUGUUCCUAACCGCUAUUCCAACAUGCGUACUUACGUCGCUCUACUCCGUUAUAAUCCUGAAUCUCAAAAGGGGAGGAAUUAAAAGAUGCAAAAGUCUUUCUAAUUGCAUAACGUCCCAGAGGCUUAAAGAGGACACAAAGGUGGUGAGGAACAUCCUUGCAAUUCUGUUUGCUUUUAUGGUUUGCAUUAUCCCAAUUAACGUUUUUGCUAUCCUAAUGUACUUCGUUUGGGACUGGAAAUUGCCCUGUGGUAUGGAAGGUUUUGUUUUUGCCGUAUAUUUCAUCCUAUAUCUAAAUGCUUCGGUGAAUCCGUGUAUUUAUUUCACUUUCAAUGAAAAAUAUCGUCAAGGUUUGUUAAACAUCCUAAAGGCCUUC